GUUGUGGAAAAGUGGUUAACAACCCCACCUGGACUGUUCGGGCGCGGCCUUUCCCCUUCGUCUAUAAAGCGACCAGGAAUCCACUUCUUCCGAACAUUCACUCGUCGCUUCGUCACUCAUUUGUUCACCAUGCGGCUCCUUAUCUUCGCAGGUCUUUUAGCAAUUUCCCUCGGAGAGAAGACGGUUUCUCCCGCAGUUGGAAAGGCAGAAACCACUUCCGGAAAUGCGGACGACAUUGUUAUGUUGGAAAUCGACGUAAAGGAACCUGUGAAGAGAUCACCGUUACAAACCAGCCCCGAUUACGGAGCUAAUCAAUAUACUCUUCAGAGCGCUGAUGCGUCUCACCAGCUGCCACCGGAGUACUUGUCAUACUUGGAACAAUACGCGCAGGAGCAACCGCAGCCGCAACCGGCGCCGCCUCAGCGCAGACCGCAGCCCGCGUACGCAAGACAACAGCAAGCUCUGCAGCAAGCUUACUACAACUUCCGGAAACCGACGGUCGUUCCCCCGCGACCUCGUCCACAGCUGCAUCCCCAAGCUUUAGCUCAAGCGGAGGUAGCCGCGGAAAUUCAGGCUCAAGUUGAUGCUCAAAACCGUGCGGAGGCAAUCCGCACAGCUCGUUUAGGCUCUGCCAGUCCAUCCGCCGAGAACACCUACCAGGUGCCAGCUUACAGUCAGCCUAAGCUGGGAACGUUCGAGCAGGAACUGUUGCAGCUGGUCUCAGCGAACCAAGCCCAGGAGUUCAAGCUUUUGCCGACUCAGCCGAAAGGCGGUGAUUCGGCGUACUCUCAGCAGUUGGUGGGCUACCCGGCGCAAUAUGCUAAGCCAGCUGCUGCAGCACCUCAAUUGCCCGAGCAGUAUCACAUAGAGACGUCUCCGCCAAGGACCUAUCAGCCACGGCCCCAGGUAGCUUAUCAAUCGGUGGAGGAGCAGUACCAAGCUCAGCCCGCGAAAGCUUUCCAACCCUCGCCGCAGUACGAUUACGCGGCCGACGAAGCUCACUUGAAAGCCUUAGAACAGGCUCAGGCUCAAGCUCAAGCUCAAGCGCAAGCUCAGGCGCUGGCGUUCCAGAAGGUCGCGCAAGUCGAGUACCGGCAGCAUGCGCAAAACGCUCUGGAGCACAUAAGACUGAACAACGAGGAGGACAAACAGCGAACUGCUCUGGAGCAGAUCCAGCAGGGCGCACAGGUCAGCGAGGCAGGCCGUAGUUAUCUACAGGAGCAGCUACAGCCGAAGAGCGCGGACGCUGCGUACCGCGCGAAGGUCAAGGCACAAACCACUGCCGAAGUAGCGGAGGCGAGGAAAGUGCAACAGGCUCAAGAGUUCAAGGCUCACGCCGAUGCCAUUAAGAAACUGGAGGCGCAGCAGAGGGCUCAUCUGAGGGUGCAAGAAGAAGUCCGCAAUUACGCGUUGAACUUCGACAAGCUCCAGGCGCAGGCCCAGGAACUGGCCCAGGCGCAGGCUGAAGCUCUGUACAAGGCGCAGCUCCAGGAACGCCAGCAGAUCAACAAGCAGAUCAUCGCUAUUUCGAAGGACCAGGUGCAAGGCAAGAAGGUAGACCCGAACUCGCCGGUCUAUCAUUACACCUUGCAACCCAGCAGCACUCCCGUGCCUCCGCAGAACAGCUACUUCACCAACGACGAGCUGCAGAAGUACCAGGCCUCCGGAUCCUCUUACGUACCUAGAUCGGUCCCGAAACCCGAUGGCCAGAUCGUGGCCGCCCAGGUACAGCCUGCCAUCACCCAGCCUCGCCAAGCCCACAAGCUCAAGCUUCCUCUCGCUCCCCAGUCCGUCUACGUGUCCGAGUCCGGGCUGCUGAAGAAAUCACCUAUCAAAUCGAUCACGAUCGAGGAGGUGGACCCGGAAGUGAACAAUCGCCAGAUCUAUCAGACCGCCACGCCCAAGGCGCGCACUCUGUCCGAGGAGGACUUGUCCGCUCUGAUCAACGCCGGCUAUACCGUCACCCCUGUCCCGCAAACCGCGAAGUCGGAUCAGAUAUACGCGGUGGAGAACGCGGCCGCCGCCGGUUACUACACGAAGAAACAGAAGCUGCCGCCGGCCAGGGCCGAGUACGUCACCUACGAGGAAGUGAUACAACGCCCCCGCAAGCUCAUCAGAAAAAGCAGGCCUGUCCUGAAGCAGAACGACGGGGACACCGACGCCAGCGAGAAAGUCACUUACCUGCUACCUCUGGAGACCGCCUUCGGCACGAGACAACCGCCGCUCAAACAGGAAGAGUAAGUCGGUAUAGAUGUUCCGUUCGGAGGCGUGGUAACAAGUAUUAAUCAUGCAACAUUUAACCCGGAAUAUAGGUCUCGCAUUUCGUCCCCUUACACACGUGUCCUUUUGAUCAUUGGCGUGCAAAUUGUUAGGUCCGUGCUGCGACCUUUCGAAAGGGAUUUCUAUUCUUCUUUUUCUGAUGUUGAUACUAUCGUAGUCCUCGACGAUGGAAUUGGUCGCGGUGUUAGCUGUACGACGAGGCACUAAUCAAAAUGAAUUUAACCUGUUCAAGGAUACUAGCACAGUCGUGUAUGGCUAAUUUUCGUUUCAUCUGGGAAUAGCAGUUUUCAUUUGGAGAAAUCGAAAAUUUAUGUCUUCGUAUAUCUGGAUGUUUCAUCGUACGAAGGUAUACGUACUGUUAAACAUUUUUAAACAGUCGUCUCUGUCGAGUUGUAAAAGACUUAAUAAGCUAUGGAUCUCCGUGUGUUUGUGACGCGAUGUUUGAAACAACGAGAAUAAUUAGUAUCUUUAUUUUAUUUUAACCACAGGAAGUCUUCAGGUAGGUGGAAGAAAAUUAUUUGACUUUCCUAAAGAGACGUUUCUAAACAGUUUCAUGAUUCUGUAAAGAAAAUCGAUUUUAUUCGCCGAAAAAAAAAAUUCCUCCCUUUAACGAUCUAAAGAAUUGAAGAAUGUACUACACGUUUACCUGUAAUUUGGAUGUCCCUUCGAAUUACAGAUUAGUCCUGGCGACGGAAGGACGAGAGCAAUGUUUGAACUAAUUUUGUACAUUUAUGCUGAACUCAAAUUGUCAGAAUACGAUGGAAUAAAAAGCUUAAUGAAGGUUCUCAUUAACGUUUCUAUCUCAUUUUGAACUAACUAGAAAUUUUACCUUUUUAUAGGAAUGCUUCUUACUCUCUCUCUCUCUCUCUUUCUCUUUCUCUCACUCUUUAUCUUCAAGACCAGAUGGAUUUUGCUCGUCUGCUUUUAGUUUAAUUAUUCGUGUAUUUAUUCUCAUAGUAUCUUUCUAUAUAUUUUCUAUACGUUUCAAUUCAGAGAAUUAAUUGAAUUUAUAUCGUACGUUAAUGUAAUAAAUGCCUUAUCUGCACAUGGCAUCAUGUCGAAGCUUGAGGAGAAAGGAUUUUCGAAUCUUUGUUUAUUAAACUUUUCUUAAACGAAGAUUACUUGUGAAGAACGUUUUUAUUUAUUGUAUUUUUUGUUGCAGUUCGGAACUAAUAAUUUGCAACGCCUCUGUAUUCUGAAUCGCCUGUUUUAGCAACAUUAACCUGUUGAGUAAUGACGAACAGACCGCGGUUUUUAUGCAUUUAUGUCAAAAAUGAAUGUAUGAAACAUGAAACAGGGAACAUUUCAGAAGAACUUGAGGCUAUUAUUAUCAUAUUUAAAAAAUGAUGUAACUCUCCUGAUAAAUAUCAACACACUUAGUAAAUUGGAUUUUGCCCCUGUGUUAGACAAAAUGGUUUUUAUCCGCAUUCAGUUGCACUGGAGCGUUUAGGAAAGCACAGUCACACUGUCGACAGGUUAAUUUUGCGUCACUACCAUUUAAAAAGAAACGUAAAGAAAGGCAACAAUUCAUAAAGUCACGAAUUAUAUAAUUGUCGAUUGUUAUAUUGUCAUUGUUUAAUUUCUCACACGUUUAACUUCUUUCGAUUUACCACACUUCCAUUUAUUCAAGUAGCGUGCCCACUGGAACGUUAACAAAAAAGAAACGGGAAUAAAGGUAUUCGUUGAUAAAGUGUUCACAUGUUACCCUGUGCAGUAAAUAACUAUUAAUUAUAGCGUAGCAAUGAUUUACUUCCUAGUUUCGAUGCGGACGUUUCCUUCCGUAUUCCUCAACCUAUAUUUUUCGUUAAACGUUCAUGUUGUUUAUCGCUUCGAGCUACGAUUCAAAUAACUCAAGCAUAUUGAUUGACAAACGGACAAUUGAUAACGAAAAGCUCUUAUUCUAAUAACUUAUUUAUACUUGCAACACUUGCAAAUUCGAAUACUGUUGAUGACAACGAAUUUCGUCGCUUGAAUCAUCCUUGAUGCGUAGACGAUGUCAAUCAAGAUGAGUGAUCGAAUUAAGUCGCCGCUCUUUAGGCGUGAGUAUAGAUUGUGGAACAAUUUUCUAGCGUAAACGAGUGCUACGGUACACCUUUUACGCGACAUUAAUUGUAGAUGGUAUGUGCGACGGUGCUAAGUCGAAUAAUUAUUAAUUUAUACCUACUAUUUGUAUAUACUAGAUUUUUACUUAAUAAAACAGUUCAAAAGUCCUGCUUCGUGAUAUCUAUGAAAUUCAUCUCUUUCCCUGGAAUGCUCGUUGUACGAAGAAUCCUAUUUUUAAUCAAAAUAAAAAUUUACUAAUCUGUAAUUUACAAAUCUAAUUACUGUUCUAAUAAAAAAUCAAAUGCACUUCUUCGAUUAAGAGUAUCAAGCACUGUAUACAAAAUAGCAUCUAGUUGCUUAAGAAAAACUGUUGACAACAUCUACGAAUUUUAUUGAUGAAAUAAAACAAUGUAUCUUCUUAAA